AUGGAAUCCGACGGCACGCUAACAGGCGGCUCCAACUACAGAAGCCAUGAACGCUCCGGGUUUCCUCCUCGCGAGCUCGGCGUAACAUGGCAAGGACUCGCGGUACGGGCCGUCAGCUCCGACGCGUCGAUACACGAGAACGUGCUCACUCAAUCCAACAUCCCCAAGCUCGUCAAAGAAUCGCGGCACAAGCCUCCCUUGAAAACGAUCCUUGACAACACACACGGCUGCGUCAAGCCAGGCGAGAUGCUCCUGGGAUGCACGACACUGCUGAAUAUCCUGGCGAACCACCGCCGGGGCUACACCUCGAUGACCGGCGAUGUGCAUUACGGCUCGAUGAGGGCCGAGGAAGCCCAGCGUUACCGGGGCCAGAUCGUCAUGAACACAGAAGAGAAACUCUUCUUCCCUACUCUCACGGUGGGCCAGACUAUGGACUUUGCAAUCCGCCUGAAGACUCCCUUUCACCUGCCCGAAGGCGUGUCGUCCAACAAAGAGCUUCGGGUCGAGGUGCGAGAUUUCCUACUCAAGUCCAUGGGCAUCCAACACCCGUUCGACACCAAGGUCGGCAACGAGUAUGUUCGCGGUGUGUCCGGCGGUGUUUCCAUCAUUGGAUGUAUGGCCACCAGGGGUUCGGUGUUUUGCUGGGACACCAGCACCAGAGGCCUGGAUGCCAGCACGGCGUUGGAAUACGCCAAGACCGUUCGCGCGAUGGCCGACGUCCUUGGUCUCGCGUCCAUCGUCACUCUGUACCGAGCAGGCAACGGUAUCUACAAACUUUUCAACAAGGUCCUGGUCCUCGAUAACGGCAACGAGGCAAGACCCUUCAUGAAACGCCUCGGCUUCAUCUACUCCGACGGCGCCAACGUCGCCGACUUUCUUACCGGCGUUACGGUCCCAACGGAGCGCGCCGUCGCACAGGGAUUCGAGAAGACCUUUCCCCGCAACGCCGAAGCUCUGCGAGCUGAGUACGGGAAGUCGGAGAUCUACCCUCGAAUGAUUGCCGAGUACGACUUCCCGACAAAAGGGAAGACGAAAGAGAAGACAAGACUAUUCCAGCAGGGCGUGGCUGGCGAGAAGCACAAGCAUCUCCCGGAUAGCAGCCCCCUGACGACGAGUUUCGCGAUGCAGGUCAGAGCUUGCAUCGUUCGACAAUAUCAGAUUGCCACCUUCAUCAUCACGCAGGUCUCUACAUUGGUCCAGGCCCUCAUUGCCGGCUCGCUCUUCUAUAAAUCCCCGAACACCACCGGCGGCCUCUUCAUGAAGGGCGGUGCGCUCUUCUUUGCCCUCCUCUUCAACAGCCUACUAUCCAUGUCCGAAGUCGCCAACUCCUUCACAGGACGGCCGGUCUUGCUCAAGCACAAAUCUUUCGCCUACUACCAUGCAGCCGUCUUUUGCAUUGCGCAGAUUGCAGCUGAUACCCCAGUCAUCCUCUUCCAAAUCGCCACCUUCUCCGUGGUUCUAUACUUCAUGUGUAUGACGGCCAUGUUUCGCUCUAUCGGUACGGGCUUCACGACGUUUGACGGCGCCUCCAAGGCAUCCGGGUUCAUGGUCCGCGCACUGAUUAUGUACUGCGGCUACAUGAUCCAAAAACCCCAAAUGCACGACUGGUUUGUUUGGCUGUUCUGGAUUGAUCCCCAGUCUUAUGCCUUUGACGCGCUCAUGGCGACUGAAUUUCACAUUCAGUCGAUUCCGUGUGUCGGACCCAACCUUGUGCCUAACGGCCCCGGAUACACCGACCCUGCCCAUCAAUCCUGUGCUGGUGUCUCAGGGGCCACUCAGGGAGCGACGACCCUUACUGGCGACCAAAACUUUGGCAUCGUCUGGGCUUGGUGGGCUCUCUUCGUUGCGCUCACCGUAUACUUCACCUCCAAGUGGCGUCCGUCAGCUGAGGGCGGCUCUUCCCUGCUCAUCCCACGCGAGAACGCCAUGAUCACCCGUGCCCACCGCCAGGAUGAAGAGGCGCAGUCCUUCGGAGAGACCGUGGAGAAGAACAAAGUCAACAACGAGCAGAGCAGCAAUGACGAUGGCAAUAGCCUCGUCCGCAAUACCUCCAUCUUCACCUGGGAAAACCUCUCAUACACCUUCAAGACCACGUCAGGAGACCGCCUGCUGCUCGACAACGUCCAGGGAUACACGACCUUGCUCAAUGUCUUAGCCCAGCGAAAGACGGACGGCGCCAUCCGCGGGUCGAUCUUGGUCGACGGCCGCCCCCUUCCCAGAUCGGCCGAAUAUUACGAGCAGCUCGACGUCAACGAACCCUUCGCCACCGUCCGCGAAGCCCUGGAAUUCUCGGCCCUGCUGAGGCAAAGCCGCGAUAUCCCCCAGGCGGAGAAGUUGGCAUACGUCGAAACCAUCAUCGACCUCUUGGAACUCCACGACCUCGCCGACACCCUCAUUGGCCGUGUCGGUAACGGUCUUUCUGUCGACCAGAGGAAGCGUGUCACCAUCGGCGUCGAGCUGGUCUCGAAGCCCAGCAUCCUGAUCUUCCUCGACGAGCCCACGUCUGACUUGGAUGGCCAGUCUGCCUUCAACACGGUCCGCUUUCUUCGCAAGCUAGCCGAUACUAGCCAAGCCGUUCUCGUCACCAUCCAUCAGCCUUCCGCUCAGAUCUUCUCCCAGUUCGAUACCCUUCUCUUGUUGGCAAAGGGUGGCAAGACCACCGUCCGUAACUAUGAGGCCAACCCCGCCGAGCACAUGAUCGACGUCGUGUCUGGACACCUGUCCAAGGAGAACGACUGGCACGAGAUCUGGAUGUCCUCCCCCGUGCACGAUGCCGUCGUCAAGGAGCUCGACCACAUGAUUGAAGAGGCUGCCUCCAGGCCCCCAAGUACCACCGACGACGGUCACGAGUUCGCCCUAUUGCUGUGGGAUCAGGUCAAGAUUGUCAGCCGCUGCAUGAAUAUCUCGCUCUACCGCAACGUUGACUACAUCGACAACAAGUUCGCAUUGCACGUAUUCUCCGCGCUCUUCAACGGCUUCUCUUUUUGGAUGAUUGGCGACUCCGUGGGCCACAUCACCCUGCGGCUCUUCACAAUCUUCAACUUCAUAUUCGUCGCUCCCGGCGUGAUCGCCCAGCUGCAGCCGCUCUUCAUCGACCGCCGCGACAUCUUUGAGACCCGCGAGAAGAAGUCCAAGAUGUACCCUUGGAUCGCCUUCGUCACGGGUUCCGUUGUCUCCGAGGUGCCUUAUCUCAUCAUCUGCGUCGUCCUCUACUUCGUCUGCUGGUACUACACCGUCAGCUUCCCCGGCGAUUCAUCCCGUGCCGGCGCGACCUUUUUCGUCAUGCUCAUGUACGAGUUCGUCUACACCGGCAUCGGCCGGAUCAUCGCGGCCUACGCCCUUACCGCCGUCUUCGCGUCCCUGGUCAACCCGCUCUUAAUCGGCGUGCUCAUCUCCUUCUGCGGUGUCCUUACGUACUAUCUCAACCCCUUCAACUACCUCAUCAGUACCUGGGGGACAACCUCAUCAACCCGGAUGCGACGGCCGGGUGCCGUGUGUGGUAGUACCGUGAUGGUAGCGACUACCUGA